AUGACGGUUGAAAAACCUGUUACUGAACAAGAAAAGGCAAAAGCCUUAGUGUUACUAAGGCAUCAUCUACAUGAAGGCCUUAAAACUGAGUACAUGAUGGUUGAAGUCCCAAAGAAUUAUGGGAUUGCCUUAAUGAAAGAUUUGGACACCACAAAAGGGUUCUCCUUCCUAAGGCAUUAUUUGACUGGACAAAUUUACGUCACCGAUGAACAGAUGAUUGAAAAAACACUCACUACCUUUCAUGCAAGCAACAUACUGCAAGAACAAUAUCGUGAAAGAGGUUUUAAAAAGUUUAAUGAAUUAAUGAGUGUAUUGCUUGUUGCGGAACAAAAUAGUGAUCUUUUGUUGAAAAAUCAUAAUCUUAGACAACUUGGGUCUUUGGCCACUCAUCAUGAGGCAAAUGCAACAAGUUCUUAUCCACCCGAGACAAAUGCUACACGAAGAGGUGGACGUGGAAAUUACAAUGGCCGUGGAAGAGGCCGUGGAAAUUAUCGCGGACGAGGCCGAGGACGUGGUAGAAAUAAUUUUCAAAGAAACAACCUUUACCAGGCUUCCGUUAAAGGCAAGGAGAAAAAUGCAGAAGCAAAUUAUGUUAAUGAAGAAAAUGCUCCAUGUCCUACCCUUGAUGUGUCCGAUUUCUUCAUGGACAAUGCUGAAAUUCGGAAUGAUUUCGUCUUUGGAGAAAUUAACAAUGCUUAA